CUUCGUAGUUCCUAUGGGCUAGCACCAGCUGGUUCUUCAUUCCCUUCUCGGAGUAUGGGUUUUGUGGAUUCCUAUUUCCAGGAUUUAACAUUGGAUGAGUUUUCAGAAGUGAUUUGGGGGGUCUCUAAUUCUUGGGGGUCCAUCCAGACAUUUCAGAGGAGUCUAGUAGUCACAGUGAGCUUUUCUUGAACUGAAUGAAUACUGAAGAAUGGAACGUCAAACCAUCUGUAGUCAUGGUGCAGCAGUUGAAACAAGACUACCAUAUUGCUGGUACCUGGGAAUAACAAGACCUCUUACGUAUCCUGUCAGGCAGAAUGGAAAGUGUAUGGCCAAAAUGAUCCUGUGUGUAUGGCUCUUAUCUGCCUCUAUCACCAUACCCCCACUCUUCGGUUGGGCCCAAAACGUAAACGAUGAAAAGGUUUGCUUGAUCAGUCAAGACUUUGGCUACACAAUUUACUCCACUGCAGUUGCAUUUUACAUCCCAAUGUCAGUGAUGCUUUUCAUGUACUAUCAGAUUUACAAAGCUGCUAAGAGGAGUGCUGCUAAACACAAGUUUGCUGGUUUUCCCCGGCCGGAAGAAGUGGAAGGAGUAUCUAUGAAUGGAGUUGUUAAACUGCACAAAGAAUCUGAAGAAUGUGCUAAUUUUUCACGACUCCUUAAGCAUGACAGGAAAAACAUUUCUAUCUUUAAAAGAGAACAGAAAGCUGCCACUACCCUUGGAAUUAUUGUCGGGGCUUUUACUGUGUGUUGGCUGCCAUUUUUCCUCCUUUCAACUGCCAGGCCCUUCAUCUGUGGUACAGCAUGCAGCUGUAUCCCACUCUGGGUUGAGAGAACAUUUCUGUGGCUGGGUUACGCAAACUCUCUUAUUAACCCUUUUAUAUAUGCCUUCUUCAAUCGGGACCUGAGGACAACUUAUCGCAACCUACUGCAAUGCAGAUACAGGAACAUCAACCGGAAAUUAUCAGCUGCGGGCAUGCAUGAGGCUCUGAAGCUUGCCGAAAAGCCAGAAUUUGUCCUAUAAGAUCCCUUACCCUUUAUUAUGAUAAUUUAUUGUUUUACCACAUAACUCUUUUUUUCAAAUUUGAGGGAAAAAGUUAAUUGGAAGAACCAGCCUUCUUGAGCACUGUUAACACAGUCAUCAAGAAACUGAAAGGUAGCAAGGUAAAUUCCUGUACAAGCCCCCAGUCAUAACGAACCUGGAGAAACAGGAAGACAAUCUAAAGAGUUUGCGUGUAAGGAAAGGGAACGCGAGUACUGGAUACCAAAAACGGGAGGAUAAAAGGUGGUGCAGGACUUUUGAGUUACUGGUGAGGAAAGAGGGAACUCAGCCUAGCCCCUUUGUUUGGCCCUUGGCCCCAAACAGCUUCUAGUAGCUCUGAAUAUUGGAUGCAUCUUGUAUCCUAGAAUUUUUUUCUGUAAUAAAGACCGGAGAACAUUGAAGAGUUCAGUAUAAUUCUUUGCUUUCCACUUUUUUAUUAUAAAAAUAAACCAUUUAAGAUGAAGUUGGAU